GUUGAAUGGUCCUGUUCUGAAUCAGCAGGGAUCAGUUCGUCCGGAGUUUUACUCGCGUACGGUUGCACAUUUUAGAUGGUCCGGGUUUGCUCCCGUUGUUGCAUUCUACUGGACAAAUUCAAACGAUAUGCUGGAUAACCGUUAUUGGGGCGACAAGUUCUUCAUCAGUGUGAUCCUUUGAUUUCCGUGUUUUUUUCGCUUCUGUUGGUUUUCCAAAGUGAAUAUGGUGAUAUAAAAUCUGAUUAGGCACUUCAUGCACAUGAUUUGAAAUGUUCCUCCCGGGUCCGCCUGGUUUCUCGUUUGAGAAAUGCCGGUUUCAAAUUCACGCUCCCAGCUGUUUUGAAUAGAGUUUCAUCUAGCAGUGCCGCGUUAUCAAUUCAACAGUGUGCCAUCAACCGGGCUCUGUAUGAUAGAGAAGAGUGAUUUAAGUGGGUACUAGAUAAAAAUGCGCUGCUCGAGGCAAAGUUCAAGCAAAGUGGAGGCACUAGCUCUGCAUACAAAAGCUGUCCGUAAUUGAAAAAAGUGGUGCGAUAAACAAAAAGCUGCUGGUUUAUUAAAGUUUUUCCACUUGGGUGAGUGAAUGAGGUCAAAGAUUACAACACAAAAGUGAUCGCUGUUUUGAAAUUUCCCGGAGCGAUAGAUACAAAAAGUUUCAUGUGCGGAAUUCUCGUAGCAGCAGCAGUAGCAACACCAUAAUAUAAAUCACACAAAUGCAUCUUACCUAGAAGAACACGGAGCCACGUAACACCAACAUUUCGAAAAACAGUUUACCACUAGACGUCAAGAUAAGAGAAAAAACACAAAGCUUCAACAAAAGGAAAUCCACCUCAACAAGGAUUACAUCGAGGAGGUUGUUUCACUUAUUUUUCCUUAUCCUGAUGUGUAUGCAACAUUUCACUCCUCGUUAUUUGCGCCAAAGUUCGGAAUAAAAUUACGGCUACUCGAAAACAGUGUACAGAUAAGUGUAGAAUGUUUCCUCUUCAUUAGAGAGACAAUGAGGAUUUUUUUUUUCCCUUCGAGUGGAUAAUCAUCUCGUGGUACCUUAAAAGUUUAAACUUCCAGCCCAGCAGAAAAACAGCAGCUUCGUGUGUCGUGGUUUAACUUGAGCAACGACGACGACUUGUUGCACACCCUAGAGAACAGCAGCAAAACUGCAGGAAGUCUCGAAGUCGAAGCAGUAAGAGGUACCAACUGUGUUGUGUUGUGAAUGACUGUGCAGCCUGAGUGAAGGCAAACGGAAGAAGGAUUUACUUACCUGCUACCUAUGCUACCUUCAUAUGCUGCUGACUUGGCGGAAACAUGAAAGUGAAACCUACCAACUUCCUCCAACAAACCCGGAGUCUCAGAAGGAAGCCAUAACGGAGACAGACAUCCCGAAGAAGGCACACAUUUACAGUAACGGAAAUUUAUGGUAGAGCCAUGUUGCACGACUGAAAUAAUCAAUAUGUCAAUUGAUGCUGUUGUCGCUGCCAGUGCGGAUGAUGGCUCUAAUGUCUUCAGUCGAUUAUCGUCGUCCCUUGCUAUGGCGACCGUCAAUCUGGUCGGCGGAAGUGGAGCAGCAGGUGGGGGCGAAGGCGCAGGAGAGCGCAAGUUGUACUACUUGGAGAAGGACAGUAGUAGUGAAAAUGAUGACAGCGCGGCAUCUAAACAGCAAUUUUACAGCCUUCACAGUCACCAGCAUCAGCAGCAAAAAGCGCAACUGUUGGGCGGCGAAAACGUUUCCUCGGCGUCGUCCUCUUCUUCGCCGAUGUACUCCCUGCUGGACCACAGCCUCUAUAAUCCGGUAGGAACCAUAACGAACGAGACUGACUUCUACUAUACGAAUGGAAUGGGAGCAGGAGGAGGACUAGGAGUAGGAGGACCGGCCUUGGGUAAUGGCGAUUUCGAGGGAAGCCACAAUGGCACACUUCCACUUCUUUUCGGGGACGACUACUAUCAGAACUGUAUGACAAUGGAGGGGAACGUUUCGUAUCUGAAUGUUUCCUGCGAAACGAUUCUCAACUACAGCAUCCCGCUUUACGGCUACUGUACGCCGAUCUUCAUCCUAAUUACUCUGACUGCCAACUCGUUAAUCGUGAUUGUUCUCAGCAAACGCAGCAUGGCAUCGCCAACCAAUUUCGUACUUAUGGCGAUGGCACUUUGCGACAUGUUUACCCUGCUCUUUCCGGCCCCAGGACUUCUGUACAUGUACACGUUCGGUAAUCACUAUAAACCAUUAUCACCGAUAGCCGCCUGUUACGUGUGGAACGCACUGAAUGAGAUACUACCGGCCAUGUUCCACACAGCAUCCGUUUGGCUAACACUGGCGCUGGCCGUUCAGAGGUACGUCUACGUCUGUCAUGCACCGAUCGCCAGGACGUGGUGUACGAUUCCCCGAGUGAAGAAAUGUAUCACCUACAUCUGCAUAGCGGCCCUCAUUCACCAGAGCACCCGGUUCUUUGAUAAAUCCUACAGUUUGGUAACGAUCGAGUGGAAUGGCCACCCGACCGAGGUCUGUCACACGGAAACGUCGAGCUGGGUGCACGAGUACAUCGGCGAGGAUGUGUACUACACGUUUUACUUCUCGUUCCGGAUACUGUUCGUGCAUCUGAUUCCAUGCGGCAGCUUAGUGGCGCUCAACGUGCUCCUGUUUAAGGCCAUGCGUCAGGCGCAGCGGAAGCGCGAACGUCUCUUCAAGGACACGGCCAAAAAGCGCGAAUGCAAACGGGUCCGGGAUUCCAAUUGCACCACCUUAAUGUUGAUAGUCGUCGUUACGGUUUUCCUCAUAGUUGAAAUUCCGCUCGCUGUGAUCACGGCCUUACACAUUAUCUCAUCGCUUAUCUACGAGUUCCUCGACUAUUACAUCGCCAAUAUGUUUAUUCUGUUUGCCAAUUUUUUCCUCAUCGUUAGCUAUCCGAUAAAUUUUGCAAUCUACUGCGGGAUGUCGCGACAGUUUCGGGAAACGUUUAAGGAAAUUUUCGUCAAAUCGAGCAAGCAAAUUCCGAGCGGCAAAAGCAAAGAUUGUUCGUCGCGAUACUCCCUCGUCAACGGUCCAAGAACCUUCACCAAUGAAACAGUACUAUAAUAUAGCUUAUAUCUCAUCAUUUGUCCAAGCUUUCAACAUUCUACGCUCAUGACAACAGCUCAACUAUAUCUGGCUUGAGUGAAGAAUAUCAUGGAAAUCAACUCCAAACUAUAUACGACUUAGCAGCACUAUUCGCUGUUUAAAACAAUUAAAAACAAAUUACAAUUAAAAUACCAGUCAUCUCCCAUUUUUGUUGAACCUAAUAUGUUGACAUCAACUUUUAUAAGCUCUCCCUAAAUUAUGAAUUCCCCUUACAUUAGCAUAAAAGCUGCGAAGGUUUCAUCUGAAAGAGAAAAUUCGAGCCCAAUUUUCUACUUCAAAUGAAUAACAGUCAUAAAUGAUAAAUAAAUUCAAAUAAAAAUCAACCCAUUUUAAUUCUACUAAUGAAAUGUGAAACACAAACAGUUGUAACACAGAACCUGAGGAAAAAAAAGGACAGCUAAACGAGAAUUGUACUAACAAAUGUGUGAUAGCUCUGUUGGUAGGAAAGAUACGAUUUAAUUUUAACUAUCGUUGUAAAGGAAGUAUAUUUCUAUUAUAAAAGCAUAACGCCAACAACAUUUAACAAGGAAUUUUGUUUAAAAACAAACUACCAUUUUUAAGCUUUACCAAUAAGUAUCUGAAUACAUCUAGUCGUUCGCAUGUUAUAGAUAUGUAGUUGAAUUGAAUUUAUAUUGCAAAACCGCGGGGCAGUUCAGUUAGCUAAGCAACAAAGUAACAAAUUUUUGAGGUGAUACUGUAUAUAAAGCAAAAAAAACUAUAUUUUAAAUGAAUAACCACACAAACGGAACAGUUUACGUCGUCAGAGCAGCAGAAAAAAGGCCAAUAGGACACAAAUUAUAUUAAAAUCUUUUUAUGACAUUGUGUAUCAACUAAUUAAAAAUUGAUGAUAAAAAUUAUGCUAUAAAUCGUUCGAGAAGAAACUAAACUAAUUUUUUAACAAUCAAA